CCUAGGAAUUCAUCCUCAUCAGAAAGUGCUGAAUCGUUUGUGUGGUAUGGAAAGGGGAUGUCUCCCUUCAGACUUUCAGACAGUCUCAGUAUAGGAGCCGAGUCUCUAUCACCUUCCUCCUCUUCCUAUGGUGUUCCUCAGUUCAGCCUCCAUCACCAAGGUUUGGCCUGCCACAAAGGAUCAUGGUCGGCAUCAGAUUUUGACAACUGCGAAUCUUCAGCAGAUCUUUCGUGUCUCAGAAGUGCAUCGUUUGGUUCCGUUAGCUCUAGUGAACGUGACUCUCGCUCUGAUGAUGUCCCUCGGACUGCAGUUCAUGUCAGCAUACAAGUGACCAGCCAGUUCUCUCCACGUCUUUCGUACAGGACUUCUGACCUCAGUUGUUACGAGGGACAGCCUCGAAGUCCAAAGGCAUACAGUGAACCUUCACACAUGCUUGAAGAUCCAACAGAUUUCUGUAGGAGGUUAAAGUCUGAGGUGUAUGAGCCCCAUACACCUGCAGCUCCUCAUGAUAUAGUGACACUGGAAAGUGAUUUGGAACAAGAACAGGAACAUCUUGAAUCAUAUGCUGGUCCUGAAUUCUGUCCUAUGAGUCCACAGCACAGUAGCAUCCACCGCUCUCACCGUCUGACAAACGAAGGACGAUAUGCAACACAGAUCCCCAUCAACAGCAGCAAGCAAGGCCAACCAGUCCGUGCGAAAAACGUCCAGUACAAUUCAGAGAAUAAACUUGUGGCCACUGUCCCCCCAACCAUCACGACGUUGCCCCACCUGCAUAACCCGGACCGGCAGGGUCACGCCCACUCGAAACUCCAGUAUGAGUCGGGGACGGAACAGAACAACAACUCUCUACCGCAGCUCAAACAGACAGAUGGAAUCACCCAGCAGCUCGCCACGUACCCGGGCACAGAGAGGUGCAAGCGAGACCAGUAUGGUAAUAAGCUGCCCAUGACCCCCAGUGAGGCACUAAAAUUGUAUCGCAGUAAGAUGACUCAGUUUGAGCAGGCGGAGAUUUUGGAUUAUCCUGAGAUCUGGUUCCUCGGUUUGGAAGGAAAGAAGAUUGAAGCUGUGGCAGGCUCACCUCAGAACAAUGGCUUUGACGACGAGAGUGGAUCCUACAUCAAGGUUCUGCAUGACCAGUUUGUGUACCGCUAUGAGAUGCUCGAGGUUCUAGGUAAAGGCUCGUUUGGUCAGGUGGUUAAGGUAUACGACCACAAGACGGAUCAGAUGGUCGCCAUCAAAAUGAUUAGGAAUAAAAAAAGAUUUCACCACCAAGCCUUAGUUGAGGUGAAGAUUCUCGAUGCGUUGAGGCGUAAAGACAAAGAUAAUCAAUAUAACAUCAUCCACAUGCUGGAAUACUUCUACUUCAGAAACCAUCUAUGUAUCACUUUUGAACUCAUGGGAAUGAAUCUGUAUGAACUGAUCAAGAAGAAUAACUUCCAAGGUUUCAGUAUAGCCUUGAUACGAAGGUUUGCGUUCUCGCUUCUCCAGUGUCUCAAAGUUUUACAUCGGGAACGCAUCAUUCACUGUGAUUUAAAACCGGAAAAUAUAUUGUUACGACAAAGAGGCCAAAGUUCGAUAAAGGUCAUAGAUUUCGGUUCUAGCUGUUACGAGCACCAAAGAGUAUACACCUACAUCCAGAGCCGAUUCUACCGCUCACCGGAAGUGAUCCUCGGCUUGCCGUACUCGAUGCCUAUCGACAUGUGGAGUUUCGGCUGCAUCCUCGCGGAGCUGUACACCGGAUACCCGCUGUUUCCUGGGGAAAACGAAGUGGAGCAACUCGCCUGCAUCAUGGAGAUCAUGGGACUCCCACCCAACCCGGUCCUGGACCAGGCAACGAGACGGAGACUCUUUUUUGAUUCAAAGGGCAACCCACGCUGCGUUACAAACAGUAAGGGCAAGAAGAGGCGGGUUUCUUCUCGGGACCUACAGCAGUCUAUUAAAACUAGUGAUGCCAACUUCCUGGAUUUUGUCAGACGAUGUGUUGAGUGGGACCCAGCACUGCGGAUGACUCCCGACGAAGCACUGCAGCAUGACUGGAUCAAGGAAGGUCUGGUUCACCGCAAAGACCGAGUCUUGAAGAGCCAGCACAGGCAGAGACACACCUCCCCCGGUUCAGAGAGUCAACCAGACCCUUACAGAGUCCCGGCACAACCACCUGUCAAAGAAAAGACAAAAAGUGAUGAAUGGAAAUUGUCCCUCAAGGAAAAGAAGAGUGCCAAAACAAGGGAAAGAAUUCCACCAGUGGGAGCGUCUGCUGAACAUAGCCAUGAAGAGAUUGCAAGUGUUCCGAGUGUGAAGAGUAUGAGAAGUGGGAAGAAACCAGAAUCGCAGGAUGCGGUGGAAGAAUCGAUUGAAAAAUUGAGCUUGUCGCAUUCCGGCGAAAAGGUUUCUCUUGUUCAGGUGUCGGGUGAAAGGAUUAAUCCUGCACAUGUAUCCACGGUCAAGUUGAAUCCUGUGCAUGCAUCUAGCGAGAAGAUCAAUCCUGCACAUGCAUCUACUGACAAGGUCAAUCCUGUGCAUGCCUCUGGUGACAAGGUCAAUCCUGUGCAUGCCUCUGGUGACAAGGUCAAUCCUGUGCAUGCCUCUGGUGACAAGGUCAAUCCUGUGCAUGCCUCUGGUGACAAGGUCAAUCCUGUGCAUGCAUCUACUGACAAGGUCAAUCCUGUACACGUCUCUGGUGACAAGAUCAAUCCUGCACAUGUCUCAAGUGACAAGGUCAAUCCUAUGCACACAACAAGUGAGAAGGUCAAUCCUGCACAUGCAUCUGGAGCCAAAGUCAAUCCUGUGCACAUGUCUGGCGACAAGGCAAAUUCUGCACAUGCAUCGGGUGAUAAAUAUAACGUUACACAUGUAGCAAGCGAGAAAAUCCUAUUACUCUCAAAUGAAAGGCAGGAUUCGGUUCUCGACGACUCAGGAUCGGGAAAGUUUUUCCCGCCCAUCUGAAGACGGCAGGAUCGGUAUAAAAUUGUUCCACGUGUUGCGUAUACGAAGAUGUACGUGUAUGUGGAUUUAUUUCAAUAAUGCCAUACAACCAUUCCUUGCUCAUUUAUCACCAGUGACGACAUGUAGAACUGUACUUGCUCAACUGAAACAUAUAUUGUACCAUGGGGAAGGGGGGGGGGGGGGGUCACCAGGUCCCGAGACACACACUCCCACUCAUUUGGAGUGCUCUUUUUUAUGACUUUUUUUUAAUAUUAAUUCACCAUCCACAAUAUACAACACAAAAUUAUUAUCCUGAAAACAUAUUUCUAAACAUCAUUAUUUCAAUGUUUGAACAUGCUCAAAAUCCCCCUUUGGGAGCUACAUGUACAGGUAUAGAGACUAUUGUCUUCAACAAAAACAAAUUGCUGUUUUAAGAAUUUUGUGACACCCUCCCCCCCCCUCCCCCUGGAUCCACCUUGUGAACCCAGUGGUGUAGUAUUAAAUGUGGCUGACCAAUGGGUGGAUAUUAUAAGUUUGUGCUAUAGCCCCUCCCCGCACCCCACCGUCCAUAAAUAAAUCUCAACUUCAUCCACUUUUGAAAAAUUAAUCAUCGGUCAUUGGAUGUCAAACAUUUGGUAAUUCUGACUCGUAGUCAUCAAGAGAAAAUCUGCUACAUUUUGCUUAAUGCAACAAGGGAUCUUUU